AUGGAUUUAGUUAAUCAUUUAAAUGACAGAGUAUUAUUUGCAGUCCCAAAGAGGGUAAGGGGAAAAACAAACAAACAAAAGUGUGUUCACAUUUAUAAUACAGAGGGCCGUUUAUAUCAAGAAGUUGUUAAGAUUUUACAUGGAUCGGAUAUCAAUUUCCACAAAAACGAUAGAUUAGAUAUUGCGUUGUCAACUAAUAUGCCAGUAGCAUUGAUCUUUCUUCGGGCAGCCGAUAUUCCAACAUUUGUCGGCAUGGGUAAGUGUGAUUUGGGUAUUACCGGUGUUGAUGUUGUGCGUGAAAGCCAGGAAGAAAAUGUUAGUUUAGCGAUGGACUUACAGUUCGGUAAUUGUAAAUUACAAGUUCAGGUUCCGGAAAAGGGUGAUAUCAUUGAACCUAAAGAAUUGAUCGGUAAAACUGUGGUUACUUCCUUUGUUAACUUGUCUAGUGAAUAUUUUGCCAAAUUGGAAGGUACUACUGUGGAUAAAAUGACCACUAAGAUUAAGUAUGUUACCGGGUCUGUUGAAGCUUCUUGUGCCUUAGGGGUUGCUGAUGGUAUUGUAGAUUUAGUGGAAAGUGGUGAAACCAUGCGUGCGUGUGGUUUGAAGGCAAUUGCUACAGUUUUAGAAACCAGUGCUUAUUUAAUUGAAAACAAUAAGAGACCAAAGAGUAAUCCUGAAUUGCUUGAGAUUAUUAAGAGUAGAAUUGAAGGUGUGAUGACUGCUCAAAAGUAUGUCUAUUGCAAUUAUAAUGCACCAAAGUGCAAACUGCAGCAGUUACUGGAAAUUACUCCUGGUAGACGUGCCCCUACUAUCAGCAGCAUUAAUGAUGAUGGUUGGGUUGCUGUAAGCAGUAUGAUUGAAAGGAAAAACAAGGGACAUAUCAUGGAUAAAUUGAAGAGCAUUGGUGCUGCUGAUAUAAUGGUUUUUGAAAUAUCUAAUUGUCGUGUCUGA